AUGUCGACAGUCCGUCAGAAAGACAUCAACGUCUACGAAGCAUGGCUUAAGGCUGUUCCAGUCAUCGACACAGUCGCUGCAGUCGUCACGAUUCCAUUCGUGUCUGCUCUCUUGGCCUACGGUGCCGCAGCUCAUGUUGAGCGAAAGAACAAGAAGCAGGAACUCACGAUGCGUCAGUUGCUCGGUCUUGCAGACAGAAACUGGGUCACAAUGGACCCAACUCAUCUCCAUCGUGCGGCUGGAGAUCGAUCAGCCUUCCUGUACAUUGCGACUUUGUUUGUUCUGAUCAGUGCCAUACAGCUUCCGCUUCGAACCUAUCUCGCUCCAAUCGGUUCUCGACCAGCCAUCUUUGCUAGAGACACGUCAAGCACUGGUGCACGAUCUCUCGCCUUUGAUAUCGACCCGGGCACUAUUCCGGAGAUACCCCGACAGCCCCUACUCAACGUGAUGGAUGAGCGUCUCCGGACCCUGACGUCCCGCAGUAUACAGCCCCAGCUAUGGAGGAGCAACGGGACAUCCCAGACGAUGGAUGCUGGCGAAGGUUUCAAUUUCGCUCCAGUCUCUGCAGACGCUUUCUGGGUUUCGUCUGUGCCGUCUGGUAGCACAACUGGAGGACUCAGGAUGCGCUCGCUGAGGCUGAACUCUUCAUCAGAAUGUGCGAGCAUCGCCGCCGAUGAGUUUCCUUCCAACUGUUCUGGCCAGUUCCCUUUCCUCACCAACUACACCGGGAAUGGCAUCUCCAUUCGAGUCUGUGUUCCGGACGGUAAGGAUGGGAAGCCGUGGGGGGCUACGCGCGACCGUCAAGAUAUUGAGGAGGAGAUGUAUCUUGACGCCAAACUUGCUUCCGAUGCAGGAGACGCGACGCUUAAUGACGAUCUUCACAACUUCACUAUCCGAUGUGUUGGCCGCUCCACGAUGGGGUAUUUUGAGUUGGGAAAUCUCUACAAUCAGGAACAGCCAUCUGAAUUGCUGGCGCAAUGGCUAGACCCCAACGAGACGAACGACUUUGACGAUUACUUUGCAGAAUCGCCUCUUACCAGCGAUUCAAACUAUGACCGCCCGGGGACAGCAUCUUCGCCACCCGGUCCGCUGCAAAUGGCAGCAGAAGUCCUGUUCGGUCCGCAGUCGUACCACCACACGCUCCUUCAGCUCUUGCGCUCAACGGAGACGAGUGUUCCGGGCAGCCUGUGCAGCGCCCUCAAGCCGCCACUGGCGGGCAUUGACUACCCUCGUCCACCCGCCUGGGUUGAGUCUAUGGCCAGCACCUGUAACGCGACGUCGGUUUCAAAGGAGAGCCUGACCACAGAAGCCUACAAUUUCGUUCACACGGACAGAGCGUACGGCUUGCGGCGGAUUGUUGACAAACCGCCGGUCAACUUCAGGGGAGUCGAUGUCAGCCAUGCAUCCAUGAUUGCCGCCAGCGUUCUGCUAGGCGUGCAGGUGCUGCUCCUGAUUCUUCUGACUCUCACCCUCCGUCUCCCACCCUUCCUCCCAGACUUCUUCACAGCUCCGGUCCCAGGAGCCCGCGCCCGAAAUCCCGCCAACAGCAGCGCCACCGCGCCCCCCUUCACGGCGACAGCCCCCCCUCGCUACGAGGAAGCCGUCCGCUCACCCGGCCACAGCAGCUACUUCCUCCCCAACCCACCCCCCGGCAUCUCCGCGGGGCCCUACGACCUCCGCAACGUCGAGCACCGCCGGGUCCUCGCGCGCCUGCGCCUCCUCCCCGAUGACCCCUCGCACGCGGACCCCGCGCGCGGCAUCACGCCCGCGCCGCCGCCGGGCUCGCUGUUUCGGCGCGGCGCGCUGGCGGGGUACAGGCCCUGGUGGGAGGGCGGGCGGACCGGCGGGGGCGACGUCUUCUCUGGGGCCAUGACGGCGAGUGCGGAGCGGGACGAGAGCGCGGCGGACGACGGCGUGGAGGUUGAGGGUGACGAAGACGAAGACCAAGACGAGUGUGAGGUCGAGGACGGGGGCGAGCGGUGGGAGACGAUAUCGACCGGAGAGGCGGAGGAUGCGGAGGAGGAGCAUCUCCGGUGGGAGACGCUGCGGGCGCGCGAGAGGGGGUUCGUCUCGUCGAGUCGGCGCUGUGUCUAG